AUGGCCCCCAUUGAUUUACUUUGCGGGUGGCCCAACCCCGCGCUGCUCCCCGCCCCCGAGCUCUGCCGGUCCGCGUCGACCGUUCUAUCCACUCCGGCCAUUGCCUACCCUGGCUUGCUGUAUGGCCCAGAUGAGGGAUACGGACCACUGCGCGCCCACAUCGCCCAGUGGCUGAGCACGUUUUACCAGCCACAGGACCCCAUCUCAUCCGAACGCAUUUGCAUCACCGGCGGGGCUAGCCAGAAUCUUGCCUGUGUACUACAGGUCUUUACUGAUCCGAUCUACACGCGGAAUGUCUGGAUGGUUGCCCCCACAUAUCACCUGGCGGCUCGGAUCAUGGAUGAUGCCGGUUUUGCCGGGAAACUGCGUGGGGUGCCCGAGGAUCAAGAGGGAGUCGAUGUGGCUUUCCUGGAGAAAGGAUUGCGCGCGGCAGAGGACAAGGCACAGGAGGAAGGGAACACGGAACCGAGAUUGAAGUCUCCGCAGCCGUGGCGCAAGGUCUACAAGCAUGUCAUCUACGCCGUCCCCACGUUUUCGAACCCAUCCUCCAAGGUCAUGUCCCUGCACCGACGGGAGCAACUCAUCCGCCUGGCCCGCCAGUAUGAUGCGUUGAUUGUCACCGACGACGUUUAUGAUUUUCUUCAGUGGUCGCGCACGCCAUAUGCCAAACUGACGUCGCCGGACCGCGCGUGUGUUCCGCGACUGGUGGAUGUGGAUCGCUAUCUCGAUGGAGGACCACAGGAUGGCUGGGGGCACGCAAUAAGCAAUGGCAGCUUCAGUAAACUGAUCGGCCCCGGGACCCGCACCGGGUGGGCCGAGGCAUCAGAAAAGGUUGCCUACGGAUUGUCGCAAACUGGCUCGACCCGAUCGGGUGGAGCUCCCUCCCAGCUCUGCGCCACGAUCAUCGACCAGAUCAUCCCUACUGGUGCACUGCAAAGCCAUAUCCACAAAGUUCUGCGGCCUGCGUAUGCCAAACGAUACUAUACCCUGUUGGAAGCGAUCCACGACUACCUCAUCCCACAAGGUGUGACUGUUGCCGCUCCCUCGAGUACGGUGGCGGGUGGGUACUUCAUCUGGAUUACCCUGCCACCACCCCUGCGUGCGACGGAAGUUGUGCGCCGGGCUCAGCAGGAAGAGUCUCUGCGCCUCGCGCCAGGCGAUCUCUUCCAGGUUCCUGGAGACGCCACAGCACCGGGCCACCAAUUUGGAAACAGCAUCCGGCUGUCGUUUUCGUGGGAAGAGCCGCGUCACUUGACCGAGGGCGUGCGUAGGCUGGCGCGCGUCCUGGUGCAUCUGACGGUGUAG